AGAAUCAUGAGCAUGUAUGGUUCCCCAAAUCUUGAUAUCUAGGACCGCAUAUUGACGAGAGAAGGACGCCAAUCACAUAACCGCCGACUCGACAAUGCACGACGCUGUGCAAAACCCCGAUGUCUCCAUGACCGCCAGCCAGGAAGGACCAAACACGCAGCAAACCCAAUCAUUUUCGUCCUUGAUAGACUAUAAUCCGCACGUGGAUCCGGCCAACACGGCAGAAACGUCACCGAAAGCUCUUGAAGAAGCAAAUUCUCCCUCAUCCAGCUCGAGAGCCGAGACCCUACGUCUGCGACUUAAAGUCGCAUUGUACAAAGUCCGAACCGACCAGAUGAAUGUGCCAUUCCAUUCCCUAGAACUGUCAUCCGGCGAUACCCCCAUGGACACCUCGAACGCAAGCGAGAGCCCUCCCGACAAAGAGUCCCUUAGGCAAUCCCCUACAGCCAGUCCAAAGCACCCCCGAAACACAUCGAAGUCACCCGCCCUUAACCCGUCCCCCGCCCGCUCAACCUCCUAUCCAACCACCAACCUCCCUCCCGCCCCCAUCCCCAAACUCCUCCCCGCCCCCGUCCUCAUCCCCACCUCCUAUUCCUCCCGCCACAUCUACGCACCCCACUACCACGCCAACCGUACGCCCGCGUCGUCCCCUCCCCGCGCGAUCCUGUCCCCCGAGCGCUCGCUCCCGAGUAUGACGCCGGCGAAGUCGCCGACGAAGAAGUUGGUGGAUGAGCGGGAGUUGACGAGCAGCGUGGUGAAGGGGCGGGCGGCGACGGGGUUGUUGGAGUUGCGGGGGAGUGGUGCGGGGGAGGUGGUGGAGUGAUGGGAGAAGACGGAGAUAUCGCAUCUUAAUUGGCGUUUGGAUGGGAUGGAAAGGUGUAGCCUACUCGCAUAGCGCGCAUUUUGUUGGAGUACAUGUAUCGGAGCACU